AGAUUGUGUUGUCCUUGACUGCUCUUUACAGGUAAUAUGAUGGCUGCAUUACAGGCAGCUCUGAAGAACCCUCCAAUCAACACCAAGAGUCAAGCUAUAAAGGAUCGUGCAGAAAGUAUUGUCCUGAAGGUUCUCAUCUCUUUCAAAGCCAGUGAUAUCGAAAAGGCAGUACAGUCUUUGGAUAAGAAUGGAGUUGAUCUUUUAAUGAAAUAUAUCUAUAAGGGCUUUGAAAGCCCCUCUGACAACAGCAGUGCUGUCUUACUGCAGUGGCAUGAAAAGGCUCUUGCUGCUGGAGGUGUCGGUUCCAUUGUCCGUGUCUUAACUGCAAGGAAAACAGUUUAAGUCCAGCAAAAAAGUGCCCUUCUGCCAUGGGUGUGGGAAAUGCUGGUACAAAGACCAAAACAGCCAAAUGCCAUCACUGCCCUGUGGGUAGUAUCUGUAUGUCUGUGUGUCUCUCUCAGCUUGCCUUCUUGCUUUUUCAUAUCUGUGGCAUAAUAUGCAUAUCCAACUUUUUUCUUGCUAAAUGUUGAAUAAUGAUAGAAGUGCAAUUUUAUUUCUAAAAAGAGUAUUUGGUACUCAUGGAGUAUUUCAGUGACACUUGUACAAGUGUCUGCAUAGGAUGAUUUGCCAUGAUUCUUUUUACAAAUGCAAGAUAAAGCCUUCUGCUGCUUUUGUUCUUUUAUUUUUGGGGGUCUUUUGCCAAUAUCUCUGAGCAGAUGGAUUGAGAUCAAUGUUUUAAAUUUUUUGGCCAGUCAGGGAGCAUUCCAUGUAAAAUAUGUUGAGACUAGGGCAGCUUAUGAAUACCAGAAACUGAACCUUGCAUUUUACGGUCAAAUCCUAAGACGUGCUUCAGUCAGCAAGUGUCUGUUGAAAGUCAAGCUGCUGUAGUAACAUUUUUCAUAAUUACUUCAUCCAGUGUUUCUUUGCAAUUUGUAUUAUAUGAUCAAUUCAGAAAAGUUUUUAAAAAAGAAAUUGUAUCACAGUAGUUAUCUCUUGAUAACCUAGGAUGUACACAAAAUGAAGUUAGGGCAAAAGUACACAGGGUUGCUGUCACAAAUCACAUCCCUAUGACAAGUUCUUUCCCUAACUUGUAGGAAUCCUUGCCCCCAUGUCCAUAUGUCAUAUGGUUUUCCUCCACCAUGACAUAAUUUUUUGUUGCUGGUAUAGAAAUGUCAUACAAUAUCAUUACAUGGAACAGACAGUUCUUCCCAUUAGAUGAAAGAGGUGGAAGCAGUGUAACACAGGGUGCUAAUUUUGUUGAUAGCACCAGUCAGAUAAGAUGUAUCAUUCCAGCAGAAGAUGCAGAAAUGCCUUGAUUAGUUUUCAGAUACUAGGAUGUAGAAAAUGUAGAUCUGUGCUCCUAAUAUGGUUGUUUUUCAUAUUGUAUUAAGAGAAAACAAGUAUUGACCAAGAGGAGAAAAGUGCUUAUAAACUAGAAAAUUGACUUUCCUAGUGCAUUCCAGACCUGGAAACAGCUUGAAAGUGCAUGACUCAGGAGCAAAUCUGACCUGUGUGUUUCAUUUAUACUUAAUGCCAGUUGUAUCACAAAACUGGUAAGGAAUUAUGAAACUUUUGCUCAUUUUUUAUAACUGCCUUUUGUAAAAUGGAAAAUAAAUAAAUAAUAAAAGGGUCACUGUUAAAUAUUUA